UCAUGUGAUCAUUCGGUUAGUCAGCUGGGCGUAAUACCUUGUGCAUAGCUACUAGCUAGCUGUCAGGGAAGACCAUGGCGAUAUUUAGCGUGUAUGUUGUUAAUAAAGCCGGGGGGCUUAUUUAUCAGUUUGACAACUACGUUCCAAGAGCUGAAGCAGAAAAAACGUUCAGCUUCCCUUUGGAUUUGGUGUUAAAGAUCCACGACGAGAAAGUUGUCGUUUCCUUUGGCCAACGAGAUGGCAUCCGUGUGGGGCAUGCAGUACUGUCUAUUAAUGGCGUGGAUGUAAACGGCAAAUUUACGGCGGAUGGAAAAGAGAUAAUCGAGUAUCUUAAGGACUCGGCAAACUAUCCGGUUUCCAUUCGAUUCGGCAGAGCUCGGCUGACCUCCAACGAGAAGCUGAUGUUGGCUUCAAUGUUUCACUCACUUUUCGCCAUUGGCUCACAGCUGUCACCGGAGGCUGGGAGUUCAGGCAUUGAAAUGCUCGAGACGGAUACUUUUAAACUGCACUGCUUUCAGACUCUUACGGGUAUAAAGUUCAUAGUGAUGGCAGACCCUCGGCAGGCUGGCAUUGAUGCCCUCCUGCGGAAGAUCUAUGAGAUCUACUCCGACUUCGCUCUGAAGAACCCCUUCUACUCGCUGGAGAUGCCCAUCAGGUGCGAGCUCUUUGACCAGAAUCUGAAGAGUGCGUUGGAGAUAGCAGAGAAAGCUGGAACAUUUGGUCCUGGUUCUUGAGAGGGAAGAUCUUUUUUUAAACUGCUGCAGAGUGUAUGGAAGCCCAGUCCUUCAUUGUGGGAGGUUUCCUCUGAUGCUCCUGUGUCAUGGGCCAGUCAUUUACAUUUGAGAACUUCCAUGUUUUAUAAUUAAAUAUGACACAGCAGGAAGGAAAUAAGACUUGGGCUGUGUCACAUGACCUCAAAACAUGACCACAUCCUGUUUUGAAGGGCUGUUUCCUCAACUGUGCGACCAAGUGACAUAAGAUACUAUUUGAUUGGCAGCCAACAAAUAUUUGGUUUAAGGUAAAGCGUUUGAAAAAUCACUUGUGGUCUUGAGAUUUGUAAAUAUUUCAGCUGUUGCAUGUUUAUUUGCCAUUGUACUGUGUUUAAACUGCUAACGGCAUACUUGUCCUGUGGGUGGUACCAUCAUUGCUACAUGUCCACCUAAUGAUGUACAGUAAUUAUUUCAAAAGUCCUGUAAAGGUAUAAAGAAACUUAAUACAUUAAAUAUUGAUGUUAUUUUCAAAGUAAAAAAGCAAACUACACAAUA